AUGAAACAGGCACAAGUAGGUUAUAAAGUACAAAACCUCCUUAACGACCUUGUGCAGAAUCCGAAACGUGAAGAUGAGAUAGCCAGCGUUUCGACGUCACUGGCGGAGUCACAAACGGAAUUUGUGAUGAGGAGGCGUAGGAGUCUGCUUGGUGAGGACAAGGUAACAGUGUAUCUUCUUGGCAUGGAGGGAACAGUGGCACCGUUGCCGCUGAUCUCGCAGGUUCUUCAGUGGCAGUCGGACAAUUUAAGGCCCUUUGUGUACUCUCAUUUUCCAGGAGAUGCAGCUGUGCGCAAAAUUAUUGAAAAAGCAGCUGAGGGUCUACCCGCUCUUCGAAAGGCAUUGGAUGAGCCUCAAGUUGAUAAGGACCAAGUUUGCACUUUGUUUACAAAUCAUAUUAUUGGUGAACUCGAAACCACCAAAGGCUCAUACCCCUCUUACUAUACGGAAUUUAUGGAGUUGAUGAUGGAGGAUGGGUUUGAACGUGAGCUUUUGCAUUCCAACCUCUUUCAGGACGCUGCGAUAGAGAUAAGGGAGUGGGGCUCGCCACGACAAAAAAAAACAUUUGUUGCCAUCUGGAGCCUGUGCCCCACUGUCACAGCGAAGAUGCUCCUUUACCACUGUAGCUAUGAUGAUCUUUUGCCCUAUGUGGUUGAGUGCUUUGAUCCAAGAAGCGUUGGCUCCAUGCUUGAACCAUCUACCUAUCUGACGAUAAGGCGUCGACUUGAGAAAAUGCUAUCGUACUCAACGGGUGAUAUUAAUAUAAUAUUUGCUACCGAUUCUUCAAACGGAGCUGUAGCAGCUAAUGCAUCAGGUGCUGUGGAUGCGACUUUUAUAUCAGUGCGUCCUUUUAACAAUCCCUUGACGCUAGAUACUUUGUCCGGAAUUGAUGUCGCGACCUUUUCUUCGUUUCAUCAGCUUCGUGGCGGAGGUGUGUCGUAUCCGUUGCUCUGCGCUGAAGCGAGAGAGAGUGAAAGUAGACAGAUGACACCUAAUAAAGAAAAAGCAACGAUGUUUCAAAGAGGAAUAGUGUGA